CCCCUCCUCACCAAACUCUGGAACGCGAGCACACACGUCAUCUCCUCCCUCUUGUCUGGCUCGGGUGAGUGAGUGAGCAGCUUUGCUUCUCCAUCUUCCUCAUCUCCGGUGCUCCGGUGGGUGCGAUCCCGAUCCACCAGGGCUGAUCGGAAAGGCUGCGGUCGUUUUGUUUUCUGCUGGUGGUUGGUGCGCGACCUGAGAGCACAGGGGGACGAAAAGAUGGCCGGAGCAGUGGAGGUCGACGUGCCGGCGCCGGCGGCGGCCAACGGCGGGGCCUGCUGCCACGCCGCGAAGGGGCCCGGGUACGCGACGCCGCUGGAGGCCAUGGAGAAGGGCCCCAGGGAAAAGCUCAUCUACGUCACCUGCGUCUACAACGGCACUGGCAUUAACAAGCCAGAUUACCUUGCGACGGUGGACUUGGACCCCAACUCUCCUACAUACUCCCAAGUGAUCCACAGGCUCCCGGUGACCCACAUCGGCGACGAGCUGCAUCACUCUGGCUGGAACUCUUGCAGCUCCUGCCACGGUGAUCCAUCAGCGAAACGCCGCUUCUUGAUCCUGCCUUCGUUGCUGUCAGGUCGUGUGUAUGUUGUUGACACUGCAACAGACCCGAGGGCGCCGUCCUUGCAUAAGGUAGUCCAGGCCGAGGACAUUGCUGAGAAGACCGGGCUUGGGUUUCCUCACACAUCUCAUUGCCUUGCAUCUGGUGACAUUAUGAUUUCUUGCCUUGGGGACAAGGAGGGGAAUGCAGCCGGCAAUGGCUUCCUCCUGUUGGAUUCAGAGUUUAAUGUCAAAGGGCGUUGGGAAAAGCCAGGUCACAGCCCCUUGUUUGGCUAUGACUUCUGGUACCAGCCUCGCCACAAGACAAUGAUCAGUUCAACAUGGGGAGCCCCUGCAGCCUUCAGGACAGGUUUCAAUCUUCAACAUGUCCAGGAUGGUCUCUACGGAAGACAUCUUCAUGUGUAUGACUGGCCUGGUGGUGAGCUCAAGCAGACCCUUGAUCUAGGUGACACGGGACUUCUUCCCCUUGAGGUGAGGUUUUUACAUGACCCAUCAAAGGACACUGGUUAUGUUGGAUGUGCUUUGACAAGCAACAUGGUUAGAUUUUUCAAAACUGCAGACGGAUCAUGGAGCCAUGAGGUUGCUAUUGAUGUAAAACCACUAAAGGUCCGCAACUGGAUUCUGCCAGAAAUGCCAGGGUUGAUAACUGAUUUUGUUAUCUCUCUUGACGAUCGCUAUCUCUAUUUGGUCAAUUGGCUUCAUGGGGAUAUCAGGCAGUACAACAUUGAGGACCCUGCCAAGCCUGUCUUGGCGGGACAAGUAUGGGUUGGUGGGCUUCUGCAAAAGGGCAGCGAUGUCGUCUAUGUUACUGAUGAUGGUCAAGAAGAACAGUAUAAUGUGCCCCAGGUCAAGGGGCAUCGACUUAGAGGUGGACCUCAGAUGAUUCAGCUGAGCUUGGAUGGCAAGAGGAUAUACGUAACCAACUCACUUUUCAGCCGAUGGGAUGAGCAGUUCUAUGGUGAUGAUCUUGUCAAGAAGGGCUCCCACAUGCUGCAGAUCGAUGUCGACACUGAGAAAGGAGGACUGGCUAUCAACCCCAACUUCUUCGUAGAUUUUAGCAAGGAGCCUGAUGGUCCUGCCUUGGCCCAUGAGAUGAGAUAUCCCGGCGGGGACUGCACGUCUGAUAUAUGGAUCUAAGGUCAUGGAUUGGCAUAAUAGUCUGCUCGUGGUCCUUGUUGUAUGCGCUGUAAUUAAGAUGGUAUUAUGCAGUGUUUCAUCUUGUAUUGUGACUACUAGCACUGGAAUAUGCCAUGGUUUCAUGAGAACUUGAGCUAAAUAAAAGAUGUCUCGAUUCUGAAUUUC